CAGAUUCAGUUCGGAGGGAGUGUCCGAUCUGCCUUUUAUAAAGCAGUGCAUUCGUGGUUCAGUUCAGAGGAAGUUUGAGACGAAGGGCAGUGAAUCACUUGACUUGCAAGAUGUUGGGGGUGACUCUGUGGUUGUUGGGAGCGUUUUUUUGUGCCUCCUGUGCCAUCACGUGUCCAGAUGGGAGCACCUGCUCUAAUAUUUCCACCUGCUGUAAGACAAAACACGGGUACAGCUGCUGUCACUACCCAAACGCCGUGUGUUGCUCUGACUUGACCCACUGCUGCCCUUCGGGGUUUCACUGUAACUCGGUUUCCCAAGUGUGUGAGCGAACGCCGUGGAUGAUGAUCCCCGUGGUGAAGAAGCAGGCCGCAGAGGAACCUGGUUCUCUCGUCCUACCUGUUUCUCCCCUUCAGGAGCCCGUGAAAAAACAAGUGCCAGGCCAAAAAAAGAGCUCAGUUGUUCAUUGUGACAACUAUUACGCGUGUCCAGAUGGCACGACUUGCUGCAGACACCCCAAAGGUGCUUGGUUCUGUUGCCUGUACUCUCCGGGAUGGUGUUGUCUGGAUGGCUUCCACUGUUGCCCUUAUGGCUACGACUGUGACCUCACUUACACGCACUGUGUGAGACAAGGCCUGCGCUAUCCCUUCAGCCCCAACAAAGGUUUGGACUCAGUGCCGGCCUCUCUCAUUUUGCCUCCAGAGGAAAAAAGCAGCCUGCAAGAGACACCAGUGACCGCUCUGACCGACGCAAAUGGUGUCAGCGCCGUGGAUGGAGUCAUUCGCUGUGAUUCAUCGUUCUACUGCGCAGCAGGAACAACUUGCUGCAGAGCACAGACAGGCCAAUGGAACUGCUGUCCCUACCCACUGGGCCAGUGUUGUGCAGAUGGACGACACUGCUGUAUGUAUGGCUAUACGUGUGACUCCACCUCCCAGUCAUGUACUAGCGGCUACUCUGAGAUCCCCUCAGGAACACAAGAAGCUGCCAAAACCGACUGAGGUUUUUUUUUUUUUU